AUUUUUUUUUUUUGGCUGCAUUUUUUUUCUUCUUCAGAUAUUUCAAACUUUCACCAUUUGAUAGUGAAGGAAGCAUAUCAAAGGAAGGUCUAAACAAUGAUCACGAUAAGACAUGUGGGGAUACUAAGGGUGCCUCGAUUGAUACCAUUGAGAAGUUCACUUCAAUUCAGAUUCAAAUCUGAUGAUUCAAAAAAGAACAACAAAGACAAUAAAGACUUAGCAUCAAAAUCUGAUUCCAAUAAUGACGUUAGUGAAUUCAAUAUUAAACCAGCUACUUCAAAAUCAGCUCCUGCUCCGAUUGAUGCAACCAACCUGGGACUAGAUAGACUUAUCAAAAAGAAUAAUAAACCUUAUAUCCCUAAAUUACAACAUCAAAGAGUAGCUUAUGAAUAUCCUGGUUUACCAAAUGAAGAUGACUUUACAAAAUCUCAAAAACCAAAAUUAACUACAAGAUGGUCAAGAUAUAUUCCUAAGAUUCUUACGGUUAUAGCGGCUGGAUGGGGGGUUUAUGCUAUAAAAGUAUGGAUGUAUGCACCUGAAAAGGGAGCUGAAAGUAAAGAAUUAUUAGAUCCUGCUGAAUUUCAUAAAUUUAUUGUCACUCAUAAAGAACAAAUUGAUAAUGAUCAUUAUUUAAUUGAAUUAGUUCCCAAAUUUGAUCAUUGGAAGUAUAGUUUCCAUACUAAUUAUGAAGAAAAAUCUCUUUGGAAUGGUGAUCGAAUUUGGUCGGUAGAUGUUAAACAACCUGAUAUUAUGGUGGUAAGAUCGUAUACUCCAUUACCUUUAUUAUUUAUGAAAUCAGAAUAUACUAGAACUGGGGAAAAGAAACCAUUAUUAAAAGUAGUGGAAAAUGAUUCCGGUGAUUAUGAUAGAAAUGGAGUGAUGUGUCUUUAUGUGAAAAGAUAUAAUGAUGGUGAAGUAUCAAAAUAUAUCACUAAUAAAGAAGUCGGUGAAGAACUUGAACUUAGAGGUCCAAGAAUUGAAUAUAAAUUCCCUUAUCAUCCAUUAAAAAAAUUUCAUACUCGACCAAUGUUUAGAGAUUUACCUUCUAAAAUUGAAUCAGAGAAUUUAUUAGAUCAUAUUAAAACUAUAAAUGAUUUACCUGAUUUUGAUAAUAUUAAUUUCUUUGCAGCAGGUACUGGUAUUGCCCCAAUCUUACAAGUUUUAUUAUCAAGAAAUCCAUAUCGUGGAUUUGUUAAUAUUCAUUAUUCAGCUCAAAAACCAGGUGAAUUAAAACCCCUUGAAAGAUUCAUGUUUUUCUUAGAAAAAUUAGAUCGUGUAAAGAUUCAUUAUCAUUAUGAUUCUGAUAAGAAAUCUAUAUUAUCUAAGAAAGAUAUCUCUCCACCAACAGAACCAAAUUAUAUAAGUCCAAUGCGUAUUGAAGAUGAAACUCCAAAUAGUGAAAGUGAUAAUUUAAAAUUAAGAUUAGAUAUUCUUCAAGGACAAGAGAAACAAGAUCAAAAAUCGAAUAUCAUUACUGAAAGAGCUCCUCGUUAUGAAAAUGCCAUUCAACAAGCUUUAAUAACAAGUAAUCAACCAAAAAAAGGUGCAAGUUUAUCUAUAGUAUGUGGACCAGAGGGUUAUAUAGAUUAUGUUGCUGGUCCUAAAGAUUUAGCUCAAAAUGAACAAGGAGAAGUUAAAGGUUUACUUGGAAAUAAAAAGUGGGAUUCUAAGAAUGUAUUCAAAUUGUAAAUAAAUAAAGUAUUUUAGAGUCUUUUAUUUUAAAAAUAGAC